AUGACAAACAACAACAAUGUUAACCCUCCACCUCUUAAUAAUCCCAACAAUAAUCAUUUAAAUACUCCCGUUGUUGUGAUUAAUAAUAACGUUAAUCCUCCACCUCUUAAUAAUCCUAACAAUAAUCAUUCAAAUACUCCUGUUGUUGUGAUUAAUAACAAUAACCUUACAACUUACGAGGAAAUAAUUCAAAAUAGAUUUUUGGAUUUUUUAUUUAAUGGAGAUUCUAAUAUUAAUCAAUCUUCUUCGGUGAGAUUGGCUGAUGUGAAUCCGCAAAGAAUAGAUGCUUCAUUUUUACAAAAUGGAGGAGAAUUCUAA